AUGCCCAGGACCUUGGAGACCCAGAUCACACUAGAGAAGACGCCCAGCUAUUUCGUUACUCAAGAAGCCCCUCGACGGAUCUUCAACAUGUCAAGGGAUACCAAGCUGAUUGUGGUGGUGCGGAACCCUGUGACCCGUGCCAUCUCUGACUACACGCAGACGCUUUCCAAGAAGCCAGACAUCCCCACCUUCGAGGGCCUGUCCUUCCGCAACCGCAGCCUGGGCCUGGUGGACGUGUCUUGGAAUGCCAUCCGCAUCGGCAUGUAUGCACUGCACCUGGAGAGCUGGCUGCGGUACUUCCCACUGGCCCAGAUACACUUCGUCAGUGGUGAGCGGCUCAUCACUGACCCUGCUGGUGAGAUGGGGCGCAUCCAGGACUUCCUUGGCAUCAAGCGAUUCAUCACAGACAAGCACUUCUAUUUCAACAAGACCAAAGGAUUCCCUUGCUUGAAAAAACCAGAAUCUACCCUCCUGCCGCGAUGCCUGGGCAAAUCAAAAGGGAGAACUCAUGUCCAGAUCGACCCUGAGGUCAUAGACCAGCUCCGGGAGUUUUAUAGACCUUAUAAUAUUAAAUUUUAUGAAACCGUUGGGCAGGACUUCCGGUGGGAGUGA